UAUUGAGUUUUGUCGAAUUAUAGCUUUACUCAAUAUAUUAGUUGGUUUCUGAAAGAUUUAUUAUCCAACAAGACAAGGUCCUCAGAGUUAAGAGAUAUUGAUGCCUAUUGUUUGUUUAGUAAUGGUACAAAGGAGUCAGCUGUUUCUGCUGCUCGUUUUCAUCAUACUUUCAGCUAUAGCAGCUCAGACAGAAAAUCAGGACUAUGUUGCUCUACUUUCUCUCAAGGAUAUAUGGCAGAAUACUCCACCCAAUUGGGUGGGUUCGGAUCCUUGUGGCAAGGGAUGGGAAGGAAUUGGGUGCAAAAAUUCACGUGUGACCUCCAUAACGCUAUCAAGCAUUGGUUUGACAGGCUUCCUGUCUGGAGAUUUCGAACUGUUAUCCGAACUAAAGACCCUGUACGUUUUCUAUGUUCUCAUUGCCUUUGUUAUUCUUCUUUCUUAUAGGGAUCUAUCUUACAACAAGGGCCUGACAGGAACACUCCCACGAUCAAUUGGGAGUUUGAAGAAACUAUUGAACUUAAUCCUAGUUGGUUGCAGCUUCUCAGGUCCUAUUCCUGACACAAUAGGAUCUCUACAGCAGCUACUUUACCUAUCGCUGAAUUCUAAUCAAUUCAGUGGACAGAUUCCGCCUUCCAUUGGUAAUCUACCCAAUCUUCUUUGGCUCGAUCUAACUGACAACCAGCUUGAUGGACCCGUCCCUGUCUCUAAUGGGAGCACACCUGGUCUUGAUAUGCUAGUUAAUGCAAGACACAUUCAUCUUGGACAGAAUAAACUUUCAGGAAGGAUCCCACCUCAAAUUUUCAGCUCAAAAAUGGUUCUAAUACAUGUGCUUUUGGAUGGCAACCAACUAACUGGCAACAUUCCUUCCACCCUUGGACUUGUGCAAGCCUUGGAGGUGCUGCGCGUUGAUGGGAAUGCAUUAAGUGGGCCUGUGCCUUCAAACUUCAACAAUCUUACUAAUCUUAGCCAGAUGUUCUUGUCAAACAAUAAAUUGACUGGACCUAUGCCUAACCUUACUGGCAUGAACUUCCUCAGCUACGUGGAUAUCAGUAAUAAUACCUUUUAUAGAUCAGAUGCUCCUCCAUGGUUCCCAACCCUACAGUCUUUGACAACACUAAUAAUGGAAAACACACAACUUCAAGGACAAAUUCCAGUUGCCCUAUUCAGCUUACCCCAUCUACAGACAGUGGUACUAAAGAAAAACCAGCUCAAUGGCCCCCUGGAUAUUGGCACCACCCAUAGCAACCGGCUCAAACUCAUUGAUUUGCAGUCCAAUUUGAUUUCUCGCUUAGAAGAAAAGGAAGCAUACAAUGCUGCAUUGAUACUGAAGGACAACCCAAUCUGUGAAGAGACAGGAGCACUAAACAGUUACUGCACAGUUUCCCACUCCAGUUUCUCAUAUUCAACACAACAAAAUUGCGGGCCUGCUACCUGCAUUUCAGAUCAGAUUUUAAGCCCCAACUGUAGGUGUGCAUAUCCAUACACGGGAACCCUCUUCUUUGGAGCUCUGUCCUUUUCAAACUUGGGGAACAAUACUUACUACAUCAUACUUGAGGAAUCACUCAUGCAUUUUUUUCACUCCCAUCAACUUCCUGUGGAUUCAGUCUCUCUAACUCUAAGUAAUCCCAUUAAGGCUUCAUCUGAGUACCUUGAAGUGAAGCUAAAAGUCUUUCCUUAUGGUCUAGUUAGUUUCAAUCGAACAGGAAUUUCAAGUAUUGGGUUCAUGCUUAGCAACCAGACUUUCAAGGCACCAAUAAUUUUUGGACCUUUCUAUUUUAUUGGUGAUAAGUACGAGAAAUAUACAGAAUCAACAAAGUCAUCAAGCAUUUAUAUUAUAAUUGGAGCUGUAGUUGGUUCCAUCGUGCUACUGGUAAUACUCCUUGCAGGGGUUUAUGCUCUCCACACAAAGAAAAGAGCAAAAAAAGUAAUUGAACAUACCAACCCAUAUGAACAAUUGGACCUAAGUAGGAGGAGGGGUGGUAGUUUUCUUGAGGUAAAAGGUGUGAGAUGGUUUUCCCUUAAAGAGCUUGAGAAAUACACCAAACAUUUUUUAGUAGCAAAUGAGAUUGGAUCUGGCGGUUACGGGAAGGUUUAUCGAGGGUCUCUUCCUACUGGGCAAUUGAUUGCCAUUAAACAGGCAAAAAAAGAAUCUAAACAGGGAAAACUUGAGUUCAAAACUGAGAUUGAACUUUUAUCAAGGGUCCAUCAUAAGAAUCUUGUCAGCCUUAUGGGGUUCUGUUUCAAGAAAGGGAAGUCAGGAAUCAGGUUGGAUUGGAUGAGGAGACUUAAUGUGGCCCUUGGUGCAGCUAGAGGCCUGACCUAUCUUCAUGAAUUUGCCAAUCCACCCAUUAUACAUAGGGACAUAAAAUCAAACAACAUUCUACUCGAUGAGUCAUUAAAUGCUAAAGUUUCUGAUUUUGGAAUCUCCAAGCCAAUGGCUAACAGUGAAAGCAGUCAUGUAAUCACUCAAGUUAAAGGGACAAUGGGCUACAUGGAUCCAGAAUAUUACAUGACCCAUCGGUUGACUGAGAAAAGUGAUGUAUAUAGCUUUGGAGUGCUAAUGUUGGAGCUGAUAACUGCAAGAAAGCCAAUAGAGCAUGGAAAAUAUAUUGUGAGAGAGGUGCAGGAGAAAAUGGAUAAGACAAAAGAUUUAUACAACCUUCAUGAAUUUCUUGACCCAGCCAUUGGUUUGGGAACAACCCUAAAAGGUUUUGAAAAGUUUGUGGAUCUGGCAAUGAGGUGUGUGGAAGAAGCAGGAUCCAACAGGCCUAUGAUGGCUGAGGUGGUUAAAGAGAUUGAAAACAUUAUGGAGCUUGCUGGUUUAAAUCUCAAUACUAAUUCCACAUCCACUUCUGCAAGUUAUGAGGAGAUAAGUAAAGGGAGUUCCCACUAUCCUAAAAGUAGUGGGACCCUUGAUUCUAGUGGAGUAUACCUUCCAAGAUAGAGCCCCCUUUGACUCUUAUUUUACAUUUAGAAUGUUGAAGUUGCUAUAAAGUUAAAUGAUUAAAUAGUAAUGCAUUAUUGUAAGAAGAUGAUCUUUUGAUCAAUCAUAGUUACUUUUAGAAACGAAUGAGAAAAAGGAUGAUGAAAGGAUGUGAUGGGAUCGCUAAUAUAAACAACACU